AUGUCGACAAGUAAAUCUGAAGUUAAAAAUCAUUUGACAACAAACAAUGUCGAACAUCUUACAUCGCCAUUAAUAUUUACUGAUGAAAGUGUUCAUUCAACAGAUUCUGAUAUUACUAAUGAUGCAUCAAUUAAUGCGAAAGAAACUCAUCGAAAUUCAUUAUCAAACCCUGAACUUGAUGAAUUAGAUGAUCAAUUACCUGCAUUAGAUUAUAGUAAGUAUCUUUUAGAUCAACAACAAUCAAAUUCGGAACACAUUCAACACGAUAAUUAUGCACAAAUUCCUCAUGAACAAGAUACAACCCCAGGUCGAAAACCUACGAUGGUAUACGACCGUACACGGCGUAAUACGGUAGAAAACGCCCGUCGUACACGGUCAUCGUAA